GCGGGAUAAUCCUUGCCCCUUCCUUGCCAACACUUGUCCCUUAUCCGGAAAAGCUGAUCAGAGAGCCUGGGGGGCUUCCUCCUUUGGUGCCUGUGGUCAAUCAUAAUGGGGAGAAAUCUACCAUGGCCCAUCCCUAAGCCUAUUGAGAGCUCCCGGCCACUCUGCUUGUCUGUGCUCUCUCUAGCAAUGUGCACCCACUUGAGACACCUUCCCAGCUCUUCCAGAGACCUCACUUAUGUGUGUAACUGCUCAUGCUUUCUCGGUCUGUGUGUGGGUAUAAUCAUCAAUCUUGACUUUUAAAUCAACCUUGGGCAGAAAUGCACUUUAAACAUAAGGACAUAGAUUAGUAGACAUAAAAGUGAAAGGAAGGCAAAUAACAUAGGGUACUGAAAAAAGAAACUCGUAUGGUUUUAUUCAUGUCAGAUAAAGGGGGAUAUUAGAAGGAACAAAGAGAGGCAUUGGAAGGAACAAAGACAGGAUGGUCCUCAAUGUACAUGCAUCUAGUGACAGAAUCAGGGGUCCAUUGUGAUGUCUUGGGUUUGGCACCCCCCUCCAAAAGUGGUCCUUGAGACAGAUUUGGCAGCAAUCAUUACUUUGGGGAGUGACCCCUGGAAUCCCCAAAGAAAUGUGUGGAAGAGAGGCAAGGAAAGGAAAACAGCAAAAACAGACGUGCUACAAGUAGGUUUCCUAGUGGACACUGGCGUUUAGUCCCCAAGAGACCAAUAGGAACUGACAUAAAACAAACCCACUGUUGUUACUGAAGGGGAGUGAAGAAGCCUGGAUAUUUAUACACCAACUUCCAUUCAUUAUCAGCUGAGGUGUGCUUUAUGGGUCUAUAAGCAGAGACCAAGCCACGUGUCAGCAAUUUGGAAAUCCAAUGACAUCCGACGAAGACUAAGUUCUACAAUGAUAUUUGGGAAAACUAGCAGCUACAAAGUACCAUUCAACUCAUUGUUAAAAAAAAUACUACCAGAUGAAAUGACAAAACGGCAUUGCAUGUAUUACUUAUAUACCACUCACGAUCCAAGCUUUCUCCAAUAUAACUUCACUUUGGGCAAGUGUCUAGCCAUGGAGAACACAUCUCUCAGUUCCCAGGUAUCAGGUCCUCUUCCUUCCUUCUUCCUCACUAGACACCAUCAUCCGCUUUGGAGAGUGAAGUUGACAUUCGGGUAAGAAUGCCACCAAUGCCACCUGGCAUCUUCUUUUUUCUUUCUUCUUCUUUCUUUUCACUUCCUUCAGUGUUUUCUAUCGGGAUGUAUGAAGAGUCGCCUGCAGGGUUUUCCCAAAGUUCCAACAGCCGGGCCACUCCCCAGGCCAGCUGAAGUGGGAUUUUCAUGAUGGGACCUGGAAUCCAUGUCUCCAGUCUCCGUGUGACGCAAGCCUGUUUAGGGAGCACUGCAUCUGAACGGUAUGGCCUGUGUGCGUGCCAAGUUUCCAGGCGCUCUCCCUAACAUCUGCUCCAAUGUCUGCCUUGUGUGGCUGCGUCCGUUUCUUUAGUCAUUAAUCUGAUGCUGAGCGUUUAUGAGCAGAAUUUGAUGAGCAAUUUGGAAAAUUAGCGCUUUCUUUAGUAUUAUUUUUGGCAUCCAGACAGUGUACAACGUGGAUGGAAAAGAAAACCACACAAAAUAGUUUAAAAUUGGAGACGGGUAACAUAUGCCGUUGUCCUUUCCCGUGUGACCUUUUUAAAGGACAGAAGGCAUAAUCCACUGCUGAAAAAGCCACAGAGAUGGUGGUGGAGAUCUGCAGUGUUUUCUUUUCUCGUUUGCACACUCACCUGUCAAGGGCCAGGAAUUUCGUUAAACAUCUGACUGAUGAAUGGACAAACGGACGAAUGAUGAAGUCUGGGGACCAUGGGAAGCUCUUCCCACAAAGCUGUCUGCUUUGAAAGGUUGUGGGCUCCUGGCACUGGAGGUGUGGGGCAGGAGGCUGGGCCACUGGGCAGGGACUGGAUGAAGUUUAAGAUUGCUUCCGAACCUGAGAGCCUAGGAUCCCGUGGAACACAAGCUCAGGGAGGCUAAGAGUAAUGUGGCUGAGCACGGCAGGGCACUGAGUGGUCCUAGACUUUGUCAAGCUUGUUCUGGGGGUCCCUAAGCAAAAGGCACCUGCUCCCCUAUGGGCGCCUUUGGGAAGCUUGUGGUGCACGAGGGUUAGGCUCCUGCAAGGCAGGCAGCCUUCUGCAGGAACUUGUUGUACCAGUUUGUGGCUUCUGUAACUUGAGAGUUUGAGCUGGACUCUUAAGAUAAAAGAGGGUAAACCAUGAUUGAGCCUGGCUUUGAUUCUCCACAGAUGUCCCUGGAGAUCUUCGGAAGGAGAGCUUUCCUGGCAUCUCAUGAUCAGCCCGUGGAGCUGUGGUGGUGAGGAUGUGGAGGCGAGGCCUCAGGCUCGGGGGCAGCACCUGCAAGGCCCCUCAAAGGGACAGAGAACUCCCAGGGCCUUCCAGCCUGGGGCUCUGUGCUCUGGUCCUGACCUCUCUGGCUACCUCUACGGCAUGUGGGGAAGGGCACCAGUCUGCACCACCUGUGGUAGAUACCGUGCAUGGCAAAGUCCUGGGGAAGUUCGUCAGCUUAGAAGGAUUUGUACAGCCCGUGGCCGUCUUCCUGGGAAUCCCCUUCGCCAAACCCCCUCUUGGAUCCCUGAGGUUUGCACCACCACAGCCUGCAGAGCCAUGGAGCCACGUGAAGAACACCACCUCCUACCCUCCCAUGUGCUCCCAAAUCACAGGGUCAGGGCCAGUGCUCUCAGAAGUCUUUGCUAACAGACUGGAGAACGUUUCUCUCGUGUAUUCGGAAGACUGUCUUUACCUGAAUAUCUACACUCCUGCGGACUUGACAAAGAAAACCAGGCUGCCGGUGAUGGUGUGGAUCCAUGGAGGUGGGUUACUGUCAGGUGGGGCAUCCAUCUAUGAUGGCCUGGCCCUCUCUGCCCAUGAGAGUGUGGUGGUAGUGACCAUUCAAUACCGCUUGGGCAUCUGGGGAUUCCUCAGCACAGGAGAUGAGCACAGCCGAGGGAACUGGGGUCACUGGGACCAGGUGGCUGCGCUGCGCUGGGUCCAGAACAACAUUGCCAACUUUGGAGGGAACCCAGGCUCUGUGACCAUCUUUGGAGAGUCAGCAGGAGGUCAAAGUGUCUCUGUUCUUGUUUUAUCUUCCCUGGCCAACAACCUCUUCCACCGGGCCAUUUCUGAGAGUGGUGUGGCUCUCACUCCUUGUCUAUUCAGGAAGGACAUCAAGCCAGCUGCUAAGCAAAUCGCUGUUGCAGCUGGUUGUAACACCACCACCUCGGCUGCCUUGGUUCACUGUCUGCGCCAGAAGACAGAGGGUGAGCUCUUGAAUGCAACAUGGAAAAUGAAGUUUUUCACUCUCGAUUUACUUGGAGACCCCAGACAGAGCUACCCGUUCCUGACCACUGUGGUUGAUGGGGUGCUGCUGCCCAAGGCACCCGAGGAGAUUCUGGCAGAGAAGAGAUUCAACAGGGUCCCCUACAUCGUGGGAAUCAACAAGCAAGAGUUUGGCUGGUUUAUUCCAACGAUGAUGGGCUAUCCACUCUCUGAAGGCAAGCUGGACCAGAAGACAGCCACAGAACUCUUGUGGAAGUCCUAUCCCGUUGUUAACAUCUCUAUGGAACUGACUGCUGUAGCCACUGAGAAGUAUUUGGGAGAGACGAAAUGCAAUGCCCGAAAGUUAGACAAGUUCCUGGAAUUGGUUGCAGAUGUACUAUUUGGUGUUCCAUCUGUGAUUGUAGCUCGUUACCACAGAGAUGCCGGAGCCCCCACCUACAUGUAUGAGUUUCAGUACCGCCCCAGCUUCUCAUCGGACAUGAAGCCCAAGACAGUGAUAGCAGACCAUGGCGAUGAGGUUUACUCUGUCUUUGGGUUUCCCUUUUUAAAAGGGGGUGCUUCAGAAGAGGAGACCCAGCUCAGCCAAAUGGUGAUGAAAUUCUGGGCCAACUUUGCUCGGAAAGGGAACCCCAAUGGGGAGGGGCUGCCCCAUUGGCCAGGAUAUGACCAGAAGGAAGGGUAUCUGAAGAUUGGUGCCAUCACACAUGCAGCCCAGAAGCUGAAAGACAAGGAAGUGACUUUCUGGACAGAACUACUGACCAAACAGGUGUUGGAGAAGUCACCCUAGGCAGAACACAUGGAGUGGGAAGUGGAAGACCCAAGCAGCUACUUCCAGGUGAUUGAAUGA